AUGUCCUUCAAACUUCAAAAAUUACAGUGGCUUCAUCAAUACACUCGUGGUAAAAUAAAAACUAAUUGUUUUAAUAAAACAUACAACUUAUUUGGUAGUGCUUACCAAUUAAGUAUUCUUGUAUUAUUUAAUCAAAAAAAUGAAAUUACCAUUGAUGAAAUAUUUAAUAAUAUUCAUUUAACAAUGGAUAUUAUAAAAAGUAUUAUUACUUCUUUACAAACAGUUGGCUUAGUUACUAUUGAAGGUGGAAAUAUUGUUAAAAUCAAUAAUACAUUUACAUAUCCUAAAACCAAAUUCGUUCUUCCUGUUCCUAAGGCUGUAGUUUUUAAACAAGAAAAAAAAGAAGAAGAAAGAGAAAUCACUGCAGAAAGAGUAGGACUGAUUGAGGCUUGUAUAGUUAGGUUAAUGAAAAAGAAUAGAAAAAUGCAACACAAUGAUUUAAUGCAAGCUGUAGUUACUUCAUUAUCAAGUAGGUUUAGACCACAAAUUCCUUUAGUAAAGAGAACUAUUGAAUCUCUCAUUGAGAGAGAAUAUAUCUCAAGAUCAGAUAUAAGGAAAGAUGAGUACAUUUAUAUUGAAUAA